GUUAAGAACCGGAACUCUAAAGCUGCUGUGUAAUUGUACAGGUUAGCAGCUCAGCGUCUUCGUGUCAACACACUUUAGACAUUCAUUAAAGAUGCCGGACUACUUGGGAGACGAACAAAGAAAGGUUAAAGAAGACGAGAAGGAAGACGCACCUAUCAGAGCUCUGGAUGAAGGGGACAUCGCUCUGCUCAAAACAUACGGUCAAAGCACCUACUCCAGGCAGAUCAAACAGGUGGAAGAUGAUAUUCAGCAACUUCUCAAAAAGAUCAACGAGCUGACAGGCAUCAAGGAGUCGGACACAGGCUUGGCUCCACCGGCGCUCUGGGAUCUGGCUGCUGAUAAGCAGACUCUGCAGAGCGAGCAGCCGCUGCAGGUAGCAAGAUGCACGAAGAUCAUCAAUGCAGACUCGGAAGAUCCAAAAUAUAUCAUAAACGUCAAACAGUUUGCUAAGUUUGUGGUGGACCUGAGUGACCAGGUGGCUCCGACUGACAUCGAGGAGGGCAUGAGAGUCGGAGUUGACAGGAACAAAUAUCAGAUCCACAUCCCCCUGCCUCCCAAAAUUGAUCCCACCGUCACAAUGAUGCAGGUGGAGGAGAAGCCGGAUGUGACUUACAGUGAUGUCGGUGGUUGUAAGGAGCAGAUUGAGAAGCUGAGAGAGGUGGUCGAGACUCCGUUGCUCCAUCCUGAGAGAUUUGUCAAUCUGGGUAUUGAGCCCCCUAAAGGUGUGCUGCUGUUUGGGCCCCCUGGCACUGGAAAGACGUUGUGCGCCCGGGCGGUGGCCAACCGAACCGACGCCUGCUUCAUCAGAGUCAUCGGCUCUGAGCUGGUGCAGAAGUAUGUGGGCGAGGGGGCCAGGAUGGUGCGGGAGCUGUUCGAGAUGGCCAGGACGAAGAAGGCCUGUCUGAUCUUCUUUGAUGAAAUCGAUGCUAUUGGGGGUGCUCGUUUUGACGACGGUGCUGGUGGCGACAACGAAGUCCAGAGGACCAUGCUGGAGCUCAUCAACCAGCUUGAUGGCUUUGACCCUCGAGGCAACAUCAAAGUGCUGAUGGCCACCAACAGACCCGACACUCUGGACCCGGCCCUGAUGCGACCAGGACGUCUGGACAGGAAGAUCGAGUUCAGCCUGCCUGAUCUAGAGGGUCGGACCCACAUAUUUAAGAUCCACGCCCGCUCCAUGAGUGUGGAGAGGGACAUUCGAUUUGAGCUUCUGGCUCGUCUCUGUCCCAACAGCACCGGCGCUGAGAUCCGCAGUGUGUGCACAGAGGCGGGUAUGUUUGCCAUCAGGGCUCGUAGGAAGAUCGCCACAGAGAAGGACUUCCUGGAGGCUGUAAACAAGGUCAUCAAAUCCUACGCCAAGUUCAGCGCCACCCCCAGAUACAUGACCUACAACUGAGUGUUUGAGUUUCACUGUCGAAGAAAAAGUCCAACAAAUGGCUCGUUUUCCACUUGUUCACCUAAAAAUAAAGUUUAUUCCAAAUACAA